AAAAGGCGAAUUUGUGUCUUUUUGAUUGGCGGAAUCUUAUCCUGUUUGUUUUAUUCACUCUAAAACGGCCUCAUUGGACAGAGACUUUUGCUAAUUUUUCUAAAGGCGUAAUUACCGGGAGGAUUUCAAGGCCCAGUCCAGUAUUAUUUAUGGCAGGCCCAACUAUUAUGCAUAUAUACACCGACGCAGAAAAGGCAAAGUGCAGCACACAUCAAAGAAAAACCCUAAACGGAAAUGCUCAGAUCCUCCCGCCCGCCGCCGCGGUCGUCAGGCACUUUUGGCUCGACGUACCAGAAAAGACUCGCUGUAAGCCGAAAACAAAGCCUAAAACUAGCACGAGAACUAGAUCCUCCCCCUGAUGAUGAAAAUUCUUUCUACGGUUUAUGGGACUUCGACAACUGUCGCCUCCCUCCCCUUUAUGUCGUGGGCUCGCUGAUUCCCAAGAUCAACUUGUGUUUACAAACCGUUAAUCCUCUCUACCGAAUGUGUCGUAUGAAUUCUGCCAUCGGAAACCCAAAUUUCGCUUUCAUCUGGCAGAAUCGCGAUGUACUCAACAAGCAAUGGGACGUGAAAGAGUCAAAGAAAAGAAAAAUUAGAUGUUCUGUCCCUAUCUGUGGAAGGCUAAUUCAGUCAAGCAAUAAUGCAGAGGUCGCCUACGAGCGAAAGUACGAUGUGGCAGACCGGAUGCUUAUUCAGGAGCUUUUGUGUUACGUUCUUGCAAAUCGUACUCCAAGAAACAUACUGAUUAUAUCUGAUGAUUGUGACUUUGGAUUUCCAAUGCAUAUUUUGAGGGAACGAGGUUACAGAGUCUUCCUGAUGCAGCGAUCAGCAAAUCUUCGACCAUUGACACAGAUUGCACAGCACGCUUGGGCUUGGGUUGAUGUAGUUAAUGGGCUAACACGUCCGUUCUAUUCUUUGCCUAAUGCCUAAGCUAUCUAACCCAAAGCUUCUUUCAUUUCCUUUUUGUGUUGUCUAUGGUUGUUGUUGAGUGUUGUUGAACCUGCUCUAAUUAUCCCACUUGUGUUGGUUUUCCUUUCUUACAUUUUUUGCAUUUAAAAACUCGAGUUUUAGAAUUCA